AUGUCAGAUUUUUAUCAAUUGACAACUUCAACGUCGGACUUUAAAUCACGUUCAAAGGAUGUAUUUGAAAAACUAACAACUCUUGAAAAACAACACGACGUACAUAUUAAGACGAAUAGUCCUCUCUUAGUACCUGACGAGGAAACACCUUCAUCAUCUUAUAAAAAUCCAAAUAUUCCAAAUAAUGCAAUAACAUUUAAAAAACGAGCCGCUGACGAUACAUUUAUUCGUUCAGAGACUAAAUGGAAAAAAUAUGAUUUGGAUGAUGUUAAUGAACAUCAUUUAAGUGGUACGGGUAAUCAACAUGCAUUAAAUGAUUUUCUUCGUACACGAGUUAAGUGUUCAAACAAGAAUGAAUCUGUACAGAAAGAAGACGAAGACGAAGAAGUUCCUGUAAGACCAAUUUUUCAACGUCCAACGAAAAAACAAAUACGAACAAAUGAUACUGAUGAUGACAUAAAUCAUGAUUUUAUAUCUUUUCGUGUACCAGCGCCUCCAAAUACAACUGAAACAAAGACUGGAAAUGAUGAUGAUGAUGAUGAUAAAACCAUCGAGUAUAAAUUGAAAUCGAAUCGCAAUAAACCUCGUGGUGUUUUCAGUACAAACGAAAAAAAGUCGAUUAAACCUGCCAAUGAAAUUCUUCAAGAAAAAGAUAAUGACGAUGAUGAUCAUGACGAUGAAGAAGUUGCUGAUGAAAUUUUCGAACCUUAA